CCGCGCAGUGUUACUUCCCUUGCAGUACAGUAAUCACUGCCACCACAAGAUUUUCAUCCAAAAUUGGAUGAAAACUUUUAAUGGCAUUUUUUUUAAUCAUAUAUAUUUAUUCUUAUAUCCUUUCUUAAAUAAUUACUUUACGCCAGUUGAUAGGCAUAAUAUGUUUUAUAAAAAAAUAACAAUUAAAAAAAAACAUUCGGAAAUGUUCGGUCUUUUUUCAAAUUGAAAGUAGGAUUUACAAAUUACAAUAUCAACAUGGAUGUGUUGUUAGCUAUUCAGACAUGUAUCGAACGUUUUGAACCAGGAUUGCAAGCAAAACCAAAACAAAUCGAAUGUUGGCGGCAUGUUCUUGCAGAGGAAGACAAAACAUGUUGCUGGAAUUUCUUUUAAAGGUGUUCCGUCCAUUUUGUAAAUUGCAAUCACGUGCCGUUUUAUCUAUCAUCACGUGAUAUUUGUGAAGGCAGUGAUUACUGUACUGCAAGGGAAGUAACACUGCGCGGAGUUUGGGUCCGGUCCGGCCAGUCUUUGACGGGACGUUUUGACUAAAUUCAAAUGUAAACAACAAACACGUGUGUGAAUGUCAACAUUUAACUAAUCGCAGCACAAUGACAUCUUUAGCGAAACAGCUGCAGAAAUUGGCAGUGCCUCACACCCAGGCUAUUCUUGGAGAAGACAAAAAGAAGGCAUCACUACUCUUUGACCAUAAGGAGGCAGCUACCAUUGACAGGGAAACCUUCCAUGCAUUAGGUAUUAAUGGACUUGAGGAGCUUGAGACAAUUGACUCAUCCUUUGUGGAGUUUGAGGUGAGUUUGUUUGGAGACUCCUCUCUGACAUUUGAGCGGACGGUGCAGACGAAGGAUGUCAACGAGAAGCUGGACCUGGCCAUCCGCAGAUUCCUCAUCAAGAUGUCCCCCUUCUGUCUCCUGAAACCGGCACAUAAAGCGCUUGAGUGGCUUAUUCACAGAUUUCACAUCCACUUUUACAACACUGAUGAACUGUUGAUGUGUUUCCUUCCCUAUCAUGAGAGUAAAAUAUUCGCCCGUGUCCUCCAACUGAUCAAGUUUAACGCUAAGAUUACUUCCAAGUGGGACUUGCUGGAACCUUUACAGAAAGCUGGUGUGCACCUGUCCCGGCAGACCCUGGUCAACCACUGUCGGACUGACCCAGCCUUCAUGUCCUUCAUCUGUGACAAAAUACCCAAAUAUGUCAAGGUGCUGUCAGAAACAGAGCAGACUCCCAAGUGCCGAGUCCUGUUCUCGUUCUAUGCGACAACAAUCAUUGGUGUCUUAGAAGAUGGAGGAGCCUCUGAGGUUCUCCUGUCUGCCCUUCUCCCGCACAUCAGUCGGGGCCUCCAAUCCCGCCUGGCCGAGUACAAGGCUGCCUCAUACAUGAUCCUAGCCCAGCUUUUCCACACCACACGGCUCAAACCAGGCCUUCUGAAAACUCUCCAGCAGAUAGUUGCCAAGAGCCUGGUACCUGAGCUGCUGACAGAAGGUGUGGCCUGCUUGCUGCUCAUGUUCCAGACCCAGGAUAUGGCCUCCAUCAAUAUCACAAAAAAGUCCUUUCGCCAUCUGUGUAAGCACUUCAGUGUGGUAGAGGCCAUCAUCCAGCUGUACGCCCAGUUUGAAGCCCAGAAAUUCCUUGUCUCCUUUCUCGACCGCAUUAUUCCUGCAGCUUUCAAACUUGCUGUCGGCAUGGCAACCAGUGGGGAGAGUAGCCAAUCUGACUCAUCUGUAGGAAUGCAGGAAUACAUGUCAAUGUUACACAGACUCCUAUCAACUAUCACACUUCCAAACGAUAUUGCUGAAAAGGCUGCUUAUAAGUUCCUGUGUGUGUAUAUUGAGCAUGGUCAUAAGUACACGGAAGAGAGCGUGGAUGACCGCAUCAAGGAGAGCCUGCAGGGCAUUGUCAGGCAGCUCGAGGGAAAGCAUUCAGCAGCUGUGGACAAAGCUGUGUCACGGCGACUGUCAGAGUGUGGUAACCAAAGUGACCGUGACCUUGUGCAGGAGUUCCUAAACCUGUAUGUGCUGUCCGUACCCCACCAGCUCAUUGCGGACUCGGAGACGAGCCUCGUACUCUCACUCAACCACCGCCUAGCCUCAGUCAGGGAGAAGGCUGUCCAAACACUGAUUGACAGCAGGGAUGAGUUGGAAGAUGCAAGUUUUCUAAGGGACAGCCUACAAAUGCGUCUGCAGGAUGAUGACUAUAAUGUUGUGUCGGCUGCACUCUCUGUAGCAAAGGAGCUAUGGGAUGUUCUAGAAGAUGAUCAGAACACCUUAUACCUGUUGAAGAACAUUGUCUCUAAAGGCAUUGAAGAGGAAGCCUGGGAAAAGCCCUCAAAACAGGCCCUGAAGAUACUGACCCAUUUCUCCAGAAGUGACCUUCACCUUCAAGUUUUUGCAAGCCUGGUCCCCUGCCUGUUCAUGGUGAAGGAAUCCAAGUUUAACCUUGAUCUUAUUAAAGAUGUCAUGACGUCACCUCUGGUAGUGAAGAACACUAUGCUGAAAAGUGUUGGUACAGAGUGGAAGGUGCACAACAAGGUAGUUUCCAGUGGCAAGUCUGGUGUGGUCAACCAGGUGGUAGGUCAGUGUCUGGCCGUAGGGCUACAUAGACUGGGCACGGACAUGCAGUGGAAAUUGCUAGAGGGUUGGUGGGACUGGUCACGUGACAUACAGGAUGUGAGGAGAGCGUGUCUUGUCCUGGUUGUCCUUGACAACCUCAUCACUGUAGUAACUGAGCCCAAACUGAGGCUUGAUUUCUGCCACUGGCAAGCCAGACUAGUGGAUACACUUGUCAAGGAAAAGCGUGUGGCCUGUUCACUGUGCAGCUGGACACUGGUCAAAAACCCAUGGAGUGAUGUGAUCAACAAGACCCAGCUGGACACGCAGGUGCCCGAGGGAUACAUCCUCAAGGCUCUGUAUGGAGUGGUCAUGGCACUGGUGGUACCAGAUAAGCUGACACAGGAUUCUGGCUGUUGGCAGUACAGCGGUGACGGUGAGGAGGUGACUGUGUUCCUGCAGGUGUGCGUCCGACUGUACAGCCUCCUUCUUGAGAGUGCCACAAACCCUGGAGAGGACAGGCCCCACUCCAUCUCUGUCUUCCAACAACUCCUUGUUACACUCAACACUACUUGUUUCUCUGACAUAGAGCAGCAGUUUCAAAUGUUAGGUCUGAUGUGGACCCAGCAUGCCAACAACCGCGCCACUGAACUUGGAUUGACCUUGACCCUGCAAGCACGGGCUCUUUGUAUGGGCCUCAACUUGUUCAACAGCGCCAAACUUGCAGCCGCUAGGACUAUUGUACAAUCCCCCACUGUAAUGUUGGACCUUCUGGUGGUGUUGACCAGUGUCCACACCCCGAUCAGGAGACAGGGUCUGGCCAUCGCUCACCAGCUACUAACCACGGCCAAAACACACAACACUGUGUUUGCUCCUUUCCUGAAAAGAUUGGUGAAAUAUGAGGGGGAAAUACUGGCUGAUAAAGACUACGUACGCCUGGUCAUGCACAGCCUGUUCAAGCACACUGAUCUGAUGAAGAAAGAUGGCACUGCAGCCAGCCCUAGAAAGGGUCGCCAGUCCCUGAGGAAAACUAGGUCCAAACCUGAUGGCACCAUGCCUGAAGACCUGGCUGCGGGGGAGACUGAUCGACAGUGGUCCCUGGCAGCCUUCCUGGCUAUAAUAGCUAGAGAGGCUACACCCCCAUACCAGCAGGCUGUCCUGUUGCAGGUCUUCUCCAGGCUCAAUAACAAAGAUGUGUUGGUCAGUUUGAUGGACCUGAUGACGAGACUUCUAGAUCAGGAUAAACUACUGACCUCAGUACAGACGGAGUGUCUAGGUCUGCUUCUGGAGAGGUUCACACCUGAAACUGUUGACUGCCUCGCUCCUGGGACGCAGGGGCUGCAACUCUUCCUAAAAGCUCUCAAAAGGUCUGGGUUGGAGACAGAGAUGGGCAGUGUGGGAGCCCCUCAGCUGGUUGCAAUUAACCAGAUAACAAAGGAUCUGUAUGCUGCCCUAAUGGACGAGAGCCAGUGUGAGAUAUUGAGCACAUUGUUUGACAUCUGUGUAGACUCAAAACAGCUAGAUGUCGCUACACACAUUCGCAGGGGCAUUAAACAUCUUCUAUUGGAGGGCAAGCACAUAGACACAGAGUUGAGGAAAUGUCUGAAGACUUCUACAGCUUCAACAGUACGGGAGGCUAAACGACUAAAAAAACCAGACCCAACCCCAGAGCAGGUUGGACUGACGGAGUUUGACUCACGGGACUGGCUGCGAGCCACGGUGGUGCUAGAGGCUGUCCACACCAAGAAGAAAGUGAACAACUUUACCGUCCUCGUGCCCACAUGCUUCCAGAUUCUCUCAAGUAUUCUGGAGUCCGACAACCACAGUUCAGCUGAGUACCUGAAGCAGCUGAUUCUGACCCUGCUCUACAAUAUCUGCACAAGGCUUGACUCCUUGGAGGAAGGAACAGCAUCCGUACCAGAGCGCCAAUUCAACAUGGACCUGAUAGUUCAGUGUAUCCGGUCCUCAGACAACCCCCAAACCCACCAUCAUGCCCUUCUUCUCCUUACUGCUGCCGCUAAAAUAUUCCCGGAGCACCUUUUACACAACAUGAUGUCUGUAUUCACGUUUAUGGGGGCCAACAUCAUGAGGCAGGAUGAUGCCUAUAGUUUCCACAUCAUCAGCAAGAUCCUGGAGACUGUUGUACCGGCCCUCAUCACAGCCUGUGAGCAGCGGAAGCGGGUUCCCAAGGGUGUGACCAACGACCUUGAUGACAUCAUCACUAUGGUGAUCCAAGUGUUCGUAGACUCUUACCCUUACGUUCCAGAGCACCGUCGUCACUUGCUCUUCAACAAGCUGCUGUCAGUGAUUGGAGAGAAACGUUACCUCUGGCGUCUGGUAUCAUUGAUGAUGAAACAUGUGGUUUCCAAGGGAACCCUGAAGUCUGAAUUGGCCGUUGACACACCACAGGAUUCUGGUAGCAGUGACACAGACUUCUGCCUCUUGUUGUGUGCUGAUUUCUCAUCUACAGUGCAACUGUCCUCAGCCAAACAUAUGCUGGAGUAUAUCCUCAAAUUGCCUGACGAGAAAGAGGAUGACACUCCCCGCCUUGUGAGACGCGAGCCGGAAUCCUUCAGCAAGCUCCAGAAGGAAGAUGCUGCAGUGUUCAACCCACCAGUACACACGGACAAACAGCUGCGACACUUCAAGUAUGCUGUCAUUAACCUGCUGGUUCAACUGUUCUCCAGUCCUGAAUUUGUGCUUCAGGUUGGGAGUGACGAUGGGGGAGAUGUUCUACAAGAGUUCCGUGGGCUCCUAGAGACCGUGCUGCAGGUUGUUGCCUGCUUCUCCCGCCUUGCCAACCGCUAUGCUGCCCGACCCUCGGCAAAGUUCUGGAGGGCGCUCGGACACAAGGCUCAUGACAUGCUGGAUAAGUUUGUGUCUCUGAUGCCUGAGUCUAUGUUCAUCGAUGUGAUUGGUGGGUUGCUGUCACAUGACCUACCCACCAUCCAGCGUAGAGCCAUGGAUCUCCUCAACACCAAACUUCAGCACCAGAAAGACAUGGAACAUGUUGAGAGUGCAAGCCUUUUGCCGCUGGUGGAAAGGCUCAGAGGGUUGGUGGAGUCGCUGGAGCAUGAAGUUACAGAGGACAGCGUGCAGAACUGCCAGACUGCUUUCAUCUCCCUCAAACUGCUGUGUAGGAACAUCGGUUCCCAGCACAGGGAACCUUUUGUAGAGGUUCUGAAGACGUCUGUUGAGGUGUUCAAGAAUGAGGCAGUGGGUGUAUCGGUGUCAUCCUGCGCCCUGCUGUGUAUAGCUGAGAUCUGUCAGACACUGCGGGUCCAUGUCAUACAGCACCUACCCACCUUCAUGCCCGCCAUUAUCACUGUUCUUGCCGACCAUAAACAGCUUGUGAUGAAUGAGCUGUAUGUGGUUAGCGUGGUGACAACCUUGAAUAAGGUGAUGGAGAACCUUGCCCACUUCCUCUCUCCCUACCUACAUGACAUACUCACACAUGUGUGCAUCCUGUCCAGUAAGACAGAGAAGUAUGACAUUCUACAGAAACCAGCAGUCCAGAUGAGAAUGAAAACAAUCAGGGCUACAUUGUCUACCAACCUGCCUACCAGGGUGCUGUUGCCGGUGGUAACAGAAUGUUACUCAACCCUUGUCACAACCAGCAAGAUGGGUGUUGUGUGUUUGAUGUCAGUGUUUGGGGAGCAUCUGACCUCUAUUCCCCGAGAGGAGAUGACCAGUCACAUGACCCAGCUACAGACUUUCUUCCUGCGAUGUCUGGAUGUACGAGUAGACUUUCCAGAGCUGUCCAAUAAGAAGACGAUGGAGCUGGAAUCUGUCACAAUAGAUACCAUUAUUGCCAUGGUGCUGAAACUGUCAGAGGCCACAUUCAAACCAUUUCUAUUUAAGGUGUUUGAUUGGGCAACAACAGACCCAGAUCACAGGGACCGGAUCUUGGUUUUCUACAGACUUACAGAUAGGUUGUCAGAGAAGCUACGCAGUCUGUUCUCAAUGUUCGCUGGCAACAUUGUGGACCAUGCUGCCAAGAUACUUGAUGAAAACAACAGCCUGAAAAACAAUAAGAAGUUUUUCCCAACAGACAAGUCCAAGCGUAAGAAGGGUUGUCAGGUACUGACUUACAUCCUGGAUACGGUAACCAAGUGCUGCCAGUACGAUACCCAGGGCUUCAUCAACAAGGAGAGAUUUGACCUGCUUAUGCAACCAUUGGUAGACCAGCUAGAGAAUGAGGCUGGUGGGGAUGAAGUGUAUGGUUCCCGUGUACAUGACCACCUGGUUCCCUGUAUUGUGCAGCUAUGUGUGGCUGCCGGGGACGACUCACUCUGGCGAUCACUCAACUACCAGCUCUGUCUAAAGACUCGCAGCCAGGACAGCAAGGUGAAGGAGGCAUCUCUGGUGACCCUGGAUGAGCUCCACAAGAAGCUUGGAGAGGACUACAUGCCACUUCUGCCCGAUACUGUGCCCUUCCUUGCUGAACUCAUGGAGGACGAGUGUGAGGCCGUGGAGAAGAAAUGCCAUGAAGUUAUCAGGGAAAUGGAGAAGACUUUGGGGGAACCGCUACAGAAAUACUUCUAAUGCAUUGGUGCUCAAUUAAAAGGUGUGAAAAAUAUGACUUAGUAGUGGAAC